AUGUCAUCCAGCAGCCCGACUAGUACAGCGGAAACGAUAGCCAUAGCCGCUCGACGUGCGUUCGAGGAAUCUCAACUUGUCGAUGAGAAGGAACGCGAUGUGGCUUUAACUGCCAUUCAAGAGGUUUUGACUCGACACAAGGAUGAAGUCCUGACUGCUAAUAAGAAAGAUAUGGAGGCCGCUCAAGCUUUGGCGGAAGAAAGAAAACUAUCUUCAUCCCUCGUCUCCCGUCUUGAUCUCUCCCGUCCGGGUAAAUACGAAGCUAUGAUUCGAGGUGUUUCCGAUGUGGCCGCUUUACCAGCUCCGACUGGUAUUGUGACUUUUGCUAAAGAGCUCGGACCUGGUUUAGAACUUCAUCGUGUUACUUGUCCUAUUGGAGUAUUAUUGGUUAUAUUCGAGGCGAGACCUGAGGUGGUGGUUAAUAUAGCUGCUUUAGCUAUAAAAUCUGGCAACGCAGCUAUUUUAAAAGGUGGUAAAGAAUCAUUAAACACUUCCACCAUACUCUCAUCUUUAAUCUCUACCGCAUUAUCAAAAACUUCCAUCCCAUCUACAUUCGUACAAUCCGUUUCUACCCGAUCUGAAAUUUCUUCUCUUUUAGCUCAAGAUAAAUAUAUAGAUUUGGUCAUGCCUCGAGGUGGAAAUGCUUUGGUGAGUAGUAUAAAGAAUAGUACUAGGAUACCUGUCAUGGGUCAUGCGGAUGGGAUCUGCGCUGUUUAUUUGGAUGAAACUGCUGUGGAGGAGAAAGCUAUCAGGGUGGUUGUAGAGUCUAAGAUCGACUACAUGGCAGCUUGUAAUUCCGCCGAAACACUUCUUCUUCAUCCCUCAUCCCUUUCAACCAUUUGGCCAAAAGUAGCUUUAGCACUCAUAUCACAUUCCAUAACACUUAAAUGUGAUCCUCAAUCCCUUUCUGCCCUAUCUUCAAUAUCCUCUUCAUCUACAUUAAUCAAACCUUCCAUUCCAGAAGAUUACACCACGGAAUUUUUAGGUCCAACAAUAGCGAUCGCCGUCGUACCUUCAAUUCAUGCAGCUAUACAACAUAUAAACCAACAUUCUUCACAUCAUACAGAUUCCAUAGUAACUGAAUCUUUUGAAAAUAUGUCAAUUUGGUGUAAAGGAUUAGAUUCUGCGAAUUGUUUCAUCAAUGCUUCUACCAGGUUUGCAGAUGGGACAAGAUAUGGAUUAGGUACUGAAGUAGGUAUAAGUACUGGUAAAACUCAUGCUAGAGGUCCUGUUGGAUUAGAUGGUUUGGUUAUUUAUAAAUAUAUUCUAAGAAGUGUUAAUGAUGGUGGGAAUAUAAUUGCCGAUUUCGAAAAAGGAAGUAAAGGAUAUACUCAUAUAGAUAUACCGAAAGUUAUUCCUUUUUGAACGUGGAUAGGAUAUGAAUGUCAUGCAAGAAGAUACAAUAU